AUGGAUCCCCCCAAGGACUCUGCCACCGAUCUCCUUGAUGGCGAUCCACGGCUGCAGACAAUCUUCGAGCGGCUGUCAGAGAAGCUGAUGGCCCCGUCCCGAGAGGCCCCCGGCGAGGGUGGCAAGGAGCUUGCAGAGGCCAAGUCUGCACAAAGGUGGGCACCGGCUUGUCACUGCCAUAUGUGCUCAGUGCGCUCGGAGCAUGAGCUGUGCUGGCAGCAUGCGCUGGUAUUGCACCAGGUUGUGGAUGAGGCGCACGGCCCAUGUGCAGCUCAUGCACAGGCAAAUUUAGAAGUGUUCAAGAGCCUUGAAGACUAUAGCUUGCUUGCCGCUAUCUUCGACCGGAGCUGUCUGUAUGCUCGCGAUGACCGGCUCCAGGCCCCUGCCGAACAGCUGAAGGGCAGGAUCAAUGCACUGGAGGAGGAGAAUCGCCAGCUCGCGAGCUGCAUCUCGCAGAUCAGAAGUUCACAGCGAAGCAUCCUGGAAGGUGCUGCCACAUCUUUGUCGGCAAACUCGGUUGCAGGGGAUUCCUCACUGCGUGGGUCGGACGAGAAGAGGAGCUUCUUGUCUGCCCAAGAGAGGUCAGAGGCUGCUUCAAGCAAUGAAGUCAUCGUGCCUGCUGCACCUGCUGCACCACCGAGUGUGCCAGCGCAAUUGCCAAGACAGGUUGUGAUAGAGACACCCCGUGUGGCCAUGCGAGAAUCAGGACCUUCAGGGUGCGUGCCAACACCUGGCCCAAAAUCGUCAAGCCCAACCCAGGCACCUGUUCCAGAUGCUUCGUCUUUGAAUGCCAGCACCGUGAGCUGUGAGGCAACCUUGGUCUCUGAUCAGGCCGCCAGCACCAUUCAAGCAUCGCCGGCAUUGAGCCACGCCGCAGCACAGGCAGAAGCAAAGGCUUCCUUCUUGGAAGCCGCGUCCAAGCGUGGCAGCGGCUUUGCAGAGGUGUACAAUGAGCUGCUGAGCUGCGCGUUGCAGGUGUUUGAGGCUCGUGCAACAGCGGCAUCAAUGGAAAAGGAGCGCAACCAGGCUUCAAGCGAAGCACGGGAGCUUCGAGCCUGCAACGCUCGUUUGGAGGAAGCCGUAUCCACUUUGCAGGAUCGCAACAAGGAGCUGUGGCAGAAAGAGUUCCAACGAUGGAGAUCAAAGCCUGCCUUUCGACACCAUCAGCCCGAGCGUGGAAACGAUGGUUGCAUUGGACCAGGCAGACACACUGUUUGGGCAGCGCCUUUGAGUCCAUCGCCACGUCCUCGCAGCCUUCAAUGCCCGGUGACCGCGACCUCAGGUGUGGUCCCCAGGAUGUGCCCGCUGCCGGCUCGCUCCUCCUCAGGCCUUGCGGCCAAUCUCCCGCUUGCUGCCUCGCAUGCUGUCUCGCAUGCACCAUCGGUACCACCACUUACGCCCCUUCAGUCACCGAGGAGGGCAUGGCCAUCGGCUGGCCACGUCACAACAAGCGCCGUCGCAGCAUCACCUAUGCAGCAGAGGCUGGAUCUAGCUGCACGCCUUCCUCCUAAGGAGCAGCAGACACCGGCUUUUCAGCAUGGCUGGCGAUUCUUUCAUCAGCUUAGCAAAGACGUCAAAGACACGCAGGUCAGCUCGCUGGAUGGUUCUGCUAGGCAACGGGCUUCGGCACUGAUGCUGCAAACGAACAAGGGGAUGCCAACCGAGUUUCGAAAGAACCCCGCGGUGUGCGCAGUGUGGCGCGAGGCUUUGUUGGCUGGUGCCAAUUCAGAACUUAUGUCUAGUCAGUCUUUCAGCAGUAGUGACAGCAUUGAGAGCUGA